AUGUUGAAAAGGUGCACAGAUCGUAGACACCUCCAAAAGUCUACUAUGAUCUACUGAUCUGCCAAAAUCUUAAAAUAGGGUUGUAAUCAUUCACAUACACAUUCCAAAAUAAACUAACGAGGGGAAAUCGUUUCUCCUCUCUGUAUACUCAGAUUACAACCAGUUAUGAACCAGUUGAAUUUCAACGCAGAAGCUCAUAGUAUCAUUCCACAGAGUUGCCUUUUACUCCAUCCUGGGCUUAUCACGAAGGCUAUUUUGACAACUGCUUACGUCGUCUUAUUAAUCGCAGCCUGCACCGUAAAUACCAUGGUUAUAUACUUGAUGAGGACGUGCAAAGACUUACGACAAUCUACAUUCAAUCAUCUUAUUAUCAAUAUGGCUGUGGCAGACAUUAUAGAUGUCUGUUUUUCAACGAUCACGUCUCUUUCAUUCAUGUUUGUUGGUGUAAACUGGAUUUUGGGCUACGGAGGUAAAAUCUCUUGCAAACUUGUAUGUUUCAGUGUGUCUGUUUCAAUCGGUCUCUCAAUCUCCACGCUCGUGAUUAUGUCAGUGGAUCGAUAUAUGGCAAUUGUACACGUAAUGACAAAUCCAAUAUCCUCAGCAACAACGAAAAAAUGUAUAGCCUUGAGUUGGAUAGUGUCAGUCAUAGUGGGUGUUCCCUGUCUCUACAAGAUAGAUACGACAGAGAGUGAGGGCGGAAGUACAAUAUGUCGGUCAGUAUGGAGCGACGAUCCAGAGGAGCAUCUACUUUACAGCACGUUGGAGGAAUGCGGCAAGGUUUUGACAUUAUAUCUACUCCCUUUGAUUUUGUUGGGAACGACAAGUGUUAUAAUCGGUCUUUCGCUUCGAAAAAGGAGACCGCUUGGUAACAGUGAGACACAAGAGAGGAUUAGCGCGCAAAAUCAAAGGAUAUUUAAAUUGUUAGUUUCCAUCGUUGUUCUGUUUGCCUUCUGUUGGCUUUUCGCCCAUGUAAACCAUUUGAUAAGCGUCCUUAGUCUCUCAAAGUAUUGCGCUCUCCCAGCACACGUUCCGCUCCUCUCCUUUUGGAUCUCUCAUACAAAUGCUGCGAUUAAUUCCAUUAUAUAUUUUAUAUUCAAUAGCAAAUUUCGGCAAGGACUGAGAGAAGUCUUCAGAGUAAGAGAAACAAUACCCCUUCAAACAAGACACAUUGUUCCUCACAAAAAUUUUGCAUUCGAAGGAAUGGAGUUUGCAGAAAAUAUCGCCAUCACGGAAAUCCGUAGAUCGAAAAAUCAAGAAAGCGUAGAACGAGACAAAGAUUUGGAAUUUGAUACAAAACUCUAG